AUGAUCCUAGAGGGUGUAGAGGGGAACACGUUGAGGACAUGGAUAGACUUCAUAGUCAUCGACUGUGACUCAUCUUACAACGGGAUACUGAGGAGGCUGGCCCUGUGGAAGAUAAAGGCUUUCAUUGCUGGCCACAUGCUGAUGAUGAAGCUGCCAUCCCCUGCGGGUAUAGUGACGAUCCGAGGGGAUCAGCUGGCAGCGAGAGGAUGCUAUGCCAUCAACCAAGAUAAUGGAAGGAGAAGGGUAGAAAUAUUAAUUUCAGGGAGCCCAAAGACCCUCACGACGGAUGCCUACGAGGAUCCAAGGGUUAAUGCUACAAUCGAGGGUACCGAGGCCAAGAGGCCGGGAUCCGUUGAGGAAACAGAGUUGAUUUGCAUCUCGAACGAGUUCCUUGCGAGGACAACAAAAAUAGGGACGGGGUUGCCUCCUAGAGUGAAGGAGAAGCUCAUGUGCUUCCUAAAGGCCAACAACAAGGCAUUUGCCUGGUCAUAUGCAGAUGUCCCCGGCAUCUUGAGAGAUAUAGUGACGCACCGACUGGGAAUCCGAAAAGGCAUGCCCCCGGGAGAGGUACAGAGGCUGUUGGACAUCCAAUUCAUCAAGGAAGCUAGGUACCCGCAGUGGUUGGCCAACGUAAUCAUUGUCCCUAAGAAAGUAGUAGGGCAGUGGAGGAUGUGCGUGGAUUACACGAGUCUUAAUAGGGCUUGCCCUAAAGACAGCUUCUCGUUGCCACGAAUAGACCAACUCGUUGACUCCACCUCCAGGUUCAAAAUGCUAAGCUUCAUGGACGCAUACGCUGGCUACAAUCAAAUAAUGAUGGACACAGCAGAUGAAGAACACACCGCGUUCACCACCGACAAGGGAAUGUACUAUUACAAGAGGAUUCCGUUCAGUCUGAAGAACGCAGAAGCAGCCUAUCAGCGCCUGAUGAACAAAAUGUUUGCUAAGCAACUGGGAGUAACCAUGGAGGUGUAG